AUGAAGGCAAUGGGACCUCCCCGUUUGCGCCAUCCACGGGCCACCGAGCAGGCGGAUAUAAAUCCCGUCGCCCUGCGUCCGCGGCUGACCCCCAACGGUUGCGGAACGAUGCCCUAUCACUAUAUCUACAUCGGCCCCUUCGAGAAGGGCGCCGUCAAGCGCCGUCGCCAUUGGGUCGCCGUCUCGCGGGCCAUCCUGGCUAUCGAACGGCGAUACAAGAUCUUCGCCGCCUGGAACGAGGACUUGAUGCACGAUCACUUUCUCCUGCUGCUUUGUUCCCCGCACGUGCCCGACACCCAUGACGGGGAGCUGAACCUGCUGCGAGACGCCCUCGACGCCCUCGACGCCCUCCAGGGCCACCGGGAAGGGUACGAAGUGUCUUCCCUGCCCUCCAUGUUCGUCCUGCCCUCCUUCGGUGACGACGUAGUGCGCGAGCCCCCCCGGUUCUAUCGAAUGAAGCGGGCGGAGCGGGAGAAAGCUGCCAGUCAGAAUUCCCCGCCUCCAUAG